AUGGCGGAGCUUUCGACCGUCGGAGGCACGUACGGCGCCCUCUUCCUCGGUCUCCUGAUUUCCGCAGUUCUCUUUGGGGUCACCAUCCUCCAAUCCUUCGUAUACUUUGUCCAGUUCCCGAAGGACAAGGUGUCCAGGAAGUGCUCCGUUCUGUGGCUUUGCAUUCUGGAUGCAGUCCACCUCGCCCUCGCCUCUCACGCCGUGUAUUUCUACGUGAUCGUCAACUAUAACACUCCCUACACUCCUUUACCCAUCACUCUCAGCCUCAAGUUUCGUACUAUUGUCGACGGACUCGUCGUCGUCUCCGUUCACACUCUUUAUACCUUCUGGUUAUGGCGCCUCCGCGCCAUCAACGAUAAGCUUGAACCAUUUGGAAAGGAAGACCGACGGUGGACUUCCCAGAAGAUGUCUUUCGGAGUGAGCGUAUCGCAGUGGCUGAUGAAGCGAAUCGUUCCGUGGAUCAUCAGCACUCUUGUCGUCAUCGGAUACGGGACUGCAUUAGUCAUGUGCUAUGAGACAUUUCGUCUUGAUACAUUUCAGCGUCUGUCGCAAGCACCGUGGGCGACUUACAUCCCGUACUGUUUCUCGACUGUCGUUGACGUGCUCAUCGCCGGAUCCUUGUGCUACUUUCUCCAUCGUUGUAAGACGGAUAUUGGCGGUAUGAACGGCCCUAUUCGAAAUCUCAUGGUAUACACCCUCAAUACAGGCAUAUUCACUUGUGUCUGUUCUUUGUUCGCGGUAUACACGAUGCUCGCAGCGUCUGAUACUCUGAUUCCCAUAGCCGCCGAGCUCGUUGUUAUCAAAUUGUACAUCAACUCUUAUUUGGCUCUGCUCAAUGCUCGUUCAAGCUCGGACGACGGGGACAGCCGUGGGCGGAAUGGCGCACCAUAUGCAUCACGCCAUUCCUCGUUCACCCCUCAUGAUGUGGUGCCCGCGGAGCUAGAACACAAACACUUGUCUCUCCCGUCCUUCGCCCCAUGCUCGUCGCCGUCGGCAUCAUCGGUUUACCUCGCGCAGCAUAUUUUCGACCCACGCGAUGUUCCGCUCGACCUCCCUCGAGCCGAUCACGUUCGCGACAUGUCGUCCAGCAUGAGCGUAGUGUACGAAGUACCGACUCCACCCUCAACAGCGCCUCGCAAAUCUCCCACAGAGCGUCUCACGAUAUCCCCACGGCUCCUUGACCGCGAACGUACUCCCUCACCACCAUGCGGAAGCGUCGACGUCUUCACAGUCACCGCGCCGUCCUCCAUGUCGCACUACUCCGGGACCCCUCCAGACCAGCCCUCGCCCUUGACGCUCGUCAACCCCGUCGAAGACGAAGAAGUCAUACGCACCGGACCCAACAUCCAUUCAAGCUCCGCACUCUCCUUGCUUCAGUCCUUCUCGCGUGCGCGAGUCCGCAUGGCGAGCCCCAUACCCCCCGUCAUCUCCGCACCCACCUCUCCGCGGCACCUCCCUCCGCCUCCAUCUCUGCAGGCGCUCUUCCAGCCCCCGCGCCCCUCCUUCCCUCCUUCCCCGCCCCCGACGACCACCCACGGGCGGUACCCCACCGUGCCCCCAUCCGCCCCGACUUCCGCCGCCGCCGCCGCCGCCGCCGCCACCGCGCGCUUCCCCUCCGCCGAUUCCCGCGACGCAACCCCGAUCGAGUACCCGUCCACGUCCUACCGGACCACUUCUCCGCCGGACCGCAUCAACUCGCCCCUCCGCUUCGCGCGUGACGCCGAUUUCGACGACCCCCUCGCGGACGGAUGUGUCCGUGGAGGGAGAUCGGGGUCGCACUCUCCUGGGGGACGCCGCCCGGUGGGGGAGCUGGAGAACGACCGGUACACGCGCAUGGUGCUCAUGAGCCGGGGCGCCGCGCAGGCGGGGCGGGGCGGGGCGUCCGCGCGUGCUGGUUGGGUGUGA